CACUCUUUGAGCUUUCACUUGCGCCGCUACAAACCCUUCAAAACUUUGUAUCUUUUUGCGCCUCCUCUGCUGCCAUUAUCUUCUAUUCUCCCUCUUCUCCUCCCGCUGUUCUACUUUCUCUCCUCUUCACCAACUGUUAGAACUGCGCCAAAGUCCCAAGUGCAAACCCCAUUGGGAGCUGCUCAUCGAUCCCAAUCGAAUCGAAUCGCCACUUCGUUCUGCGACUUCGCCUUUUAGGUCCGCGCACCAAAACAGUCUCACUUGCGCUGCGAAUGCUCCAACCGAGCGCUGUUUGCUGAUUCCUAACUCCGACUAUCUCUAUCUUCAAUCUUUGCUGGUUGGCUCUCUAAACCGGGCGCUCCAGCUCUCUUCUCUCACUCACGCUCACGUUCACACUCGUACUCGCAUCGCCAGCGCAAUGGCAACCUCAACCUCAACUUCACCCCCAAUGGAGCCUUUAGACGCCCUCCAAUCGCUCAUCAACGACGUGCUCGUACAAACUGGCAAAGCUCUGCGGGCCUCUCGCAGAGACGCUCAGGGGAAUCUGACGCAUGCUUAUGGGCCUACACAGUCAAAGCUGCCAGACACCAUCGAUCACUUUCACAAUGCGCUCAACGAGCUGGAAAGUGAAAUUAUUAUGGCCAAGUCAGUCUUGCUCAGAGAUUAUAAUGAACUGCAAGAAAAGAAGAAGAAGCUUUUGGCUCGGCCUACACCUCAGCCCGUCGAGGCACAAGCAAAGCGACCCCCAAAUAUGGAUCUGCCCUCACCGCCAGAACCCAUUUUCAAGGAUGAACCAAUGGCAGAGGACGCAGACGUGAAGCCUAUGGCGCCAUUCCCCAACAUGAGCAUCGAUCUUGCGGAAGCCGAACCUAUUGACAUGUCCAUCAAGGAGCCCAAUGGCCAGCAAUCGCAGCAGCAGCCACCUCCUCCAGGCGGAAUGAACGGGCUGAACGGAAUGCCUAGUCCAGGGGACAAAAAGCCAAUUGCAGACAUGCUUCCUGAACCUUCCGGAUCAAACCAACCACCAGUGUUACCAGAGGCUUCCGGGAUGAAUUUUACCGACAUGGAGUUUACUCUUGCACCGCCGCCGGGCAACGAGGUUUCCGGCCAACCCAAUGCCUCCAAGGAGCCAUCAUUCGAUCUAGCUACCUUUGCACCAGCUGAUGGCGGUGACGACCUUUUGAAUCUCAACCACCUUCUACCCACCGACCCCAGCGGCUCGGCCGCCCAGGCCAACCCAGGCCAGGUAAAGAUGGAGGACGUCAAGGUUGAGGUACCCGACGCGACAAUGAACACCGACUUCUUUGGCCCAGAAUCUGGAGCCGCUGACGGGAUGGACUUUGACUUUAGCCUUGGAGGCUCGGGAGACGAUACUUUUGAUGACCUUAUGAACAACCGCGACAGCACUUUUGAGCUGAUGGACGCUGGUGGUGACUUUGACACGGCGUUUUUCGGGCUUGACAAGCCGGAUGAGAAUCCUGCGUGAGGGAACUGAUGAGUAGACAAAGACACGAUUAUGCUUCUCUCUCUCUCUUUUCUUUAAUUGCAAGGCUUGGAUGUGGUGGUAUAAUUCCUCUUUUUUUUUUUUUUUUUACGGCCUAAGAUGGCUCAACCCAUUUUCUAACGUGUUUCUUUAAACAUCUCUUCUCUCUUUAUUCUUAUUUUUGCUUUUGCUUAUGUUAGUCAUAAUUGGUAACAAAGGGUCACGGUGUCUUGGGAAUGGGAAUGGGGAUCAAAAGAAUAUACCCGCGCUUAAUCUUCAAUAAGGUCUCGUUAUAUUAGUUAGAUGCGCUUAUGUAUCAAUAUUACUAUUACAUGUUAUCGCUU